AUGGCCAGAGCUCUUCGGCCGAAAUGGCUUUUAACCUUAUUGGGCUUAUGCGUUGUUGUAUUGAAGGCAGAAAUAACUUGUCCUGUCUUACCUUCAACAUGCACAUGUACCGUUGAAGACGAUGCAAAGCUAUCUGUGUCAUGUGAUGGAGCUAUACUAGGCAGUCUAUUUAAGGAUUUGGGAAAUCUGCCAUUGGACAAGUUAAAGAUCUCGAACUGUUCACAGCCUUUCCUUGACGUAUUACCAAAGACGUCCAUCCGCUACUUAGAAUUAUCAAAUUGUGGAAUCAAAGGAGUUGAUGCGAAGAUCUUCCGUCAACUUGCCAAUUCUUUGGAAGAACUCAGCUUGGCUGAUAAUCGAUUGAAUGCUGUUCCCGAUCUUGGCUCAUUGCCUAAAUUGAUCGCUUUGAAUCUGAACGGAAAUCAGUUGACCGACAUCGCCGCAAAAGCAUUGGAUGGUCAGAAGAAUCUUCGUUUCUUACGCCUGGAGCGAAAUCGUAUUUGUGCCCUCAACAGAAAUGCGUUGACGGAGGUGAAGAAUACAUUGGAGUUGCUUGAUUUGAGCGAUAACUGUCUCAGUUCAAUUCCGGCUCAGAAUAUUCGUAAUUGUGGGCGAUUGAUGUAUUUGGAUCUUUCGGAUAAUAAGAUUGCUGAGAUCAACAACUUCGAACUGAUGAACUUACCACUUCUUCGGGAAAUUCGUUUGAAUAACAACCAGCUUAAUCUCAUUCACCCAAUGGCAUUUAUGAACGUUCCACAACUUCAGUUCCUUUACAUGAGGGAUAACCUUAUUAGCAAUCUUGAUGGAAACCGUCUACAGGCUUUCCAACAACUUGAAAUCCUUGAUGUCACCAACAAUCUUUUACAAAAGUUGCCUUCACUUAAAGAUUUACAAAACCUGAAACAAGUUCGAUUGGAUGGUAAUUUGAUUGAUAAGAUUGAGACUUUAGCGUUUUCAAAUAAUCCCAAGUUACAACUGAUCAGCAUUCAAGAUAACAACAUUUCGCAAAUUUCUCGUAACAGCUUUGACUCAUUGGAUGAAUUAAUCAUUCUGUUAUUAACCAACAAUUCCAUUCCUACUAUCGAACGUGGAAUGUUCGAUGGAAUGAAGAACUUGCAACAGCUUAACCUUAGAAAUAACACCAUUACUCGAGUACAUCCUAGUGCAUUCACUUCACUUCCUCAUAUGACUGUUAUUGAUUUAGCUUACAACAAGAUCACGGAAAUUGACAAGGAAACUUUCAGUGGACAAGGGAAACUCUUCUGGCUGGAUAUUUCCAACAACAAGAUCAGCUCUUUCCAAAAAGAUACCUUCACUAAGAAAAUUGCCAAUAUUCUCUUAGACGGUAAUCAACUUGUGUGUGAUGAAGCUUUCGAUUGGUUCGUACAAUAUCUUGUUAGCUUCCAUGUUCGUACCUUCUUACCUUUCCAACCAGAAAUUUCUUGUGUUGGACCAGCCAAAUACGCCGGAGUCAGACUGAAGGAUUUGAUGAUGAAGAAAGCAAAUGAUACGAUUAACGAAGGCAUGAAAACUCUUGGACUUAACGGACCAAAUAGCCAACGUUCUCUUAUCUCUUCCUUCAUUCCUGGCUUGAAUGGAAUACAAGGAGCUGUAGGCUCCAGCAGUUCAUUCGGAAAUGUCGCCUCUGGCAUCCCUGUCUUAGGAACUUUGACUCAAGCCAUUCCUUCUCUUCGUAACUUCCCCGGUAUGAAUCUGCCAACAGGAACUGGAGCUCAAAAUGUACCUACCAAUCGCAAAUUGAACAGCGCUAUUGAGCAGUUCACAGCUCCUCUCGUCCGUUUCGCUACUGGAGGACAACCUGUUGCUAGUGACAUUGAGCAGUUGAUUCAAUCUAUUCCUAAUUUCGUUGUAAAUGUUCCUGGUCUAGGAGAUGUCGAUAUCAGACAGCUUGACCCCAACCUAGUGGCUCACGUGUUACGCGGAGGACAAAUUCCCGGAAUUCCUAAAGAAACCCUCGAUGGUAUCAUUCAACAAUACAUGCUCAAGAUGCAUGAAGCUGCUUCUGCCGCUAAUGCUGGAAAAUUAAGAGACAGUCAAUCUAAGUUCUUACCUCCUGUCAACACUCUUCCAAAAGAACUCGUAACUAGUGUUAUGGAAGGUGAACCUCUGCCUGGUCUGAACCAUGAGCAAACGAAAACUAUUUCGGAAUAUUAUACGAAGUCAAUUGCUGUUGAAGGAUCUAAUAAUUCCGGAAGAGUGGGAAGUCUUCCUCUUACACCAGAAUCGUUGGAGAUGCUCAAGAUGUUACCACCCGGAUACAACAUUUCCAAAAUCCCUGCUGAAAUCAUUCACUCGAUUAGUCGUGGAGAGGUCCCUGACCUCACUAAGUUGCCCCAGGAUCUGUUGAACCACUUCAAAACAAAUACUGAUAAGAUGGCGGUUCUGUUCAGCAAGGCUACUGUUGCUAAUGCUUCCAUUGAUGAAAUUCUGUCUAAGCUUCCUAAAUUUGAAAAGCCAGUACUUGCUACAUUCUCUCCUUAUGACAUCAACCAAAUUUCGAGUGAAAUGAUUCAUGAAGAAGAGGAGGCCCUUAAGGCAGCUAAGAUCAGAACAUACACAGCGAUCGCUUUGGGUCUGGUCGGAACAUUGACCAUCAUUGUUCUCGGCUUCUUUGUCAUUUACCUCAAGAAGCAGCGUCAAUCGAAAGUUUCUUCAAACCAGACAUUCACGCACAAUGCUCAUGUGACAACAAUUCCUGGAGCUCCUUUGGCGAACUCAACAAUGCGUGAUGCAGCUACGGUUCAUUUGCGUCAUGAAUAG